AUGGUGUUGUCCACCAUUUUAGACAUUCUGAAAAGGUCAUCUCGCCUGUGUUACCCUUCGACGAGGCUCAUUCUGUGUCGGCCGGCCGGAUCUGACGGGACACAGCUCUUGGGAGUCGGUAUCAGGCUUCGCUAUGAAUGUCUGGUUCCGGCUUCGCGUCUCGAGCAGUUCAUUCUUCAGUGUCUCCGUUAUAGUGUCUUUUCUGGCAGCUCCAACUUGACGGAUUUAGUCACCGUCGGCCGAUACUCCUCCAGUCUUGUGGCAAUGUUUAAUGCAUUCCUCAAUUGCAAGUGCGUGUCCGUGUGCAUUGUUGUGUGCGCUUGUGCAGUUGAUGGUUUGUCUAAGGAGCUCAGCCAGAGUGGAAUAUUGUCCUCGCGCAGCAGGGUUGGCCAGAUGACCCGCGGGCGGAGUGUCCGUGAUGGAGGAGGCGACGUCAGGCUCCUAAGUUACUCACAUACCGAGGCAGAUUCUGAAGAUAAAGUGGGUCCAUUUCUUCUUUGCCUGGUCCUCGGUCCUGUCGAAAGGAGUGAUUUCCAUCUUUUUUCUGUUCCCCCUCAUCGCGCUCGGAUUUCUUCGAUCAGCAACAAGUCCGGACUCUAUUCGUCAGUGGCCUUCCACUGGAUACCAAGACUCGUGAACUGUACCUGCUUUUUCGCGGCUUUAAGAGGCGACAUAGCCUGGGAGGAUGGGACUCAAAUUGUCCCCAAAUUGUCUUUUAUCACCGAUAAUUCCUUUGAAAAAUCGGGCUUUGUUUGGGGCUCGAUUCGGCAGCGUUCUUUGGCUAUUCCCUGA